UUAACAACAGUAACGUCACACGGACUACAGGGGAGUUUUGUUGGAAGUUGCAAAGUCCUGGAGCCUCCAGAGGGCUGUCGGCGCAGUAGCAGCGAGCAGCAGCGUCCGCGCGCUCCGGCGAGGGGCAGACGAGCUCGAGGGAGCGCGGGACAGCGGGAGCUAAAGCCGAGCGCGGACCGACCCGGGACCCACCGCCGUCCCCAGGCCGCCCAGCAGAGCCCCAGCCAUGGCACACCAACUCUUAUGCUGCGAGGUGGAGACCAUCCGCCGGGCGUACCCCGAUGCCAACCUCCUCAACGACCGGGUGCUGCGGGCCAUGCUCAAGGCGGAGGAGACCUGCGCGCCCUCGGUGUCCUACUUCAAGUGUGUGCAGAAGGAGAUCCUGCCGUCCAUGCGGAAGAUCGUGGCCACCUGGAUGCUGGAGGUCUGUGAGGAGCAGAAGUGCGAGGAAGAGGUCUUCCCGCUGGCCAUGAACUACCUGGACCGCUUCCUGUCGCUGGAGCCCGUGAAAAAGAGCCGCCUGCAGCUGCUGGGGGCCACCUGCAUGUUCGUGGCCUCCAAGAUGAAGGAGACCAUUCCCCUGACGGCCGAGAAGCUGUGCAUCUACACUGACAACUCCAUCCGGCCCGACGAGCUGCUGCAAAUGGAGCUGGUCCUGGUGAACAAGCUCAAGUGGAACCUGGCCGCGAUGACCCCGCACGAUUUCAUCGAGCACUUCCUCUCCAAAAUGCCCGUGGCCGAGGAGAACAAACAGAUCAUCCGGAAGCACGCGCAGACCUUCGUCGCCCUCUGUGCCACAGACGUGAAGUUCAUUUCCAACCCGCCUUCCAUGGUGGCAGCGGGGAGCGUGCUGGCCGCGGUGCAAGGCCUGCCCCUGGGGAGCUCCAACAGCGUCCUGUCCUGUCCGCGCCUCACCCGGUUCCUCUCCAAAGUGAUCAAGUGUGACGCGGACUGUCUCCGGGCGUGCCAGGAGCAAAUCGAGGCCCUGCUGGAGUCCAGCCUGCGCCAGGCCCAGCAGCAGAGCCUAGACCCCAAGGCGGCGGAGGAGGAGGAGGAGGAGGAGGAGGCCGACCUGGCCUGCACACCCACCGACGUUCGAGACGUGAACAUUUGAGGGCGCGCGUGCGUGGCGCGGGAGGGGCCGGCCCCGGGUGCUCCCUGGACAGGACCGCUCCUCGCCAGGACCGGUCACAACCAGAAGGGAAAGCUUCCUUCUCCUUUACUGUCGGUUUUUUUCCUUUGCUCUUUCUCCCUUCCGUCUCUGACAUAAGCAAAAGAAAAAAAAAGUAUCCGAGAAGCUGUCUUAAAAAAAAAAAAAAAAAGAAAAGAAAAAAAAAAGGAGAGAAAAAAAAAUAGUAUUUGCAUAACCCUGAGCUGGGGGGAGGGGGUGGGGGGAGGCUGUGCUACAAAAAUAGAGAACCUUAUACCCCAUAAUCAACUAGGUCGUAUGCGAACGUGUUUGUGUCUCUGUGUCGUAAGGAUAGGCAUUAACACAAGGAACAAGUCUGCAGGGGAGGAUUAGAUUUGAUUCUUUCUGUGUUUAAAACAAAACGACGGCAAAAAAAAAAAAAAAAAAAAAGCAUGAAAACACGGUAAAAACGAAAGAAAAGCCAAGAAACCAUUUCUGAAGCGGAAGAGGGUCGUAGGUAGCAAACGUGUUCGUGUGCUGUUCUGAAGGAGCACAGCUUUAAGGCGGUUCUAGGCGUCCCACAGCUCGCUUGCUUGGGCAUGUAGUCACUUUAUGAGUAAGUCACUUGUGCGCGUUCAUUUUAUUCCGUAGGUAGGCGCGUAACCUCCUCACCGGUCAGUGGCUGGCGUAGCCUCGGUUAGCGUAGCGUAGAGCUCAGCACGGCCGCGUGCUGACCCUCCCUCCGCCUGUGGCCCGACCCGGGGCGGGUGGCCGGGCACCGGCCGGCGUGGCGGCCACAGAAAUCCAGCUCCGACUCCUGGCCUGCGCUACUGUAAAAGAGAACCCGCCACCGCGACGUAAUAUAUUCUAUUUUUAUAAUCUUCAUAUUUUUGUAGUGGCCUGUUUAGGAGAUGCCGGUUUCUCACCCCACAGACCCACAGCCUGCUCACAUCCAGGUGAAAUCCACGGCUCCUUUCCCCACCCCCCCUUCUCAAUAUUCUAGAACCAUUUCUCCUCUUUAAUGUUCUAGAACUCUUUUUCCUGUUUGACGUUCUAGAACCAUUUUUCCUUCUCGAUAUUCUAGAACCAUUCCAUUUCAAAGCACUUUCAACGAAUCUCUCUGUUUAUGUUGUGUGUGGAGGGGGGGGCAGUUUCUUAAUGGAAUGGUUUGGGAAUAUUCACGUACUUGGGUGCAGACGGGAUUGCGAGGCAAGUGCAUGUCGCUGUGGAGUUAGCGAGAGGGGGUGUUCUCGAAGGCGAGCUUCCAGUCAAGAAGUGCAUUCUUACGUUGCCAGGAUGAUGCGUUUCUUUCUCUGUAGGGUAGUGUAAGUUUAGGAAUCUUUUGGUGCCAACUGGUGUUUGAGAGUAGGGGCCUUUAAAGGUUUACCUCGAGAAGGUGUAGUUUAAGGGUUAGGGAGGUUUUGAAACACUAAAAUAUAUAAUUUAUAGUUAAGGCUAAAAAGAAUAUUUAUUGCAGAGGAUGUUCGUAAGGCCAGUAUGAUUUAUAAAGUAAUGUAAUCUCCCCUUGAUUUAAACACACACACACACACACACACACCUUUCUGCCUUUGGUGUUAUGGGUUUCACACAGUGUAUAACCGUUAGGUCCUUUUUUAUAGGAGAGAGAACAAAAGUCCUGAGAAAAAAAAACACAGCACGGAUUGUGCCGUUUGGUUCCCAGGGCGGGAACCCGAUCCGAGAGGCAUCAGUUAGGUGGAAAAUUAGGGUACUCGAAACCAGUUCAGCCCCCCCCCCACAUUCUUGUCCCCUUGUCCCCUCCUUUUAAGAAAGGUUAGCAACCCGUAGACAAUUUGCACAUCUUGGCUGUGUACCUUUUUUGUAACGACUGCAUAGGGAGUGUCGGGAGGUAGCGAGAGCACAGGGCUGGUGCUUGGCGAGGGCGCGAGGUGCGUGUGCGCGGAGGGCUGAGGGCGGGACCACGCGACGGGCAGGCUGCCGCUCUGCUUCCUGAUUCGCUGCUACCGAUGACUUCCCAGCACCCGGUUUGGAAACAGAUUCACGUUGCUUUUCUGUGUCUCUUUCACAUUGUUUUGCUGCUAUUGGAGGAUCAGUUUGUUUUGUUUUGUUUUACGAUGUCAUAUACUGCCAUGUUCUAGUUUUAAUUUUCUCAUAGAAAAAUGUAUUAAGGAUGCCUUUUUUUUUUUGUAGAUUUUUUUUUUUUAUGUGAUCAAUUUUGACUUAAUGUGAUUACUGCUCUAUUCCAAAAAGGUUCCUGUUUCACGAUACCUCAUGCUUCUCUUAGCCAUGUGUAGACCAGGCGGUCAGGCCCCGUCUGGCCCGCGGCCUCCUGCUUCGGCGAACAGACACGCGGACGGGAUCCCCAAACGGGCCCGGCGGGAUGGGCUCCGGGCCGCGUUCGUGCGCGCAGCCCGGCAUCCCCGAGGCCCGGGUCACAUCCGCCUCCUCCUCCCUGCGCCUGUGAUGCUGGGCUGUCCUCCUGACCUGGGACGUACCACCACUGUGGUUUUUACAGCCGUGUCGUUCUUUGCGUGUAGCUAUGAAAGUUGCAUUAUUAUAAUUAUUGUGACGAGUGUGUCCUAACGUGCCGCGUGGUGCUGUGCUGCGGGGCUCCGUCAUUCUGGACGCUCAGAGCGGCUUUGGGACCGGGUUACAGCUCCGGCCGUGUGGCAUCUGUCAUUCUGUACCCGCGUUUUCUGUGUGUUGCUCUCUUCAGUACAGCGUGAUGCUAAUGUCAAAGGACUCCAAGCCUCAGUGAGGCCAGCUAACAGUGCCGUGUUCCCGUGUCGCCUGGCACGCUGCUCGACUCCAAGGAUUUGCACCAUCUGCGGCCCCUGCCCCAGCGGGGUCAGCCUGUGUGCUCCCAGGCCAUUGGCAGGCCCCGAACCCGCCCCACCCCGCCCCGCCCCGCCCCGCCCCUGCAGGAGCACUGCCUCCACUUACCUCAACCCUUCUGGCUGCGGCAUCUCUGUGUCUGAACCAAACGGGGCCCUUGAGGGACGGUCUGUCCUGGUGGGGGGGGUGUGAACGUCGUGUGUGCUCAAAGGCCGUGGCCGGUCCGGGGAGCACAGCGGAGUCUGUCCUGUGACCAGCAAGUCUGUGAGGGUCUCUUGGCGGGUGGGCAGCUGUGGUCUGUGUGUAUUUUGGUUGCACCCUGCGGCGUUUCCCAGCACAGACAUGUAACCGGCACGUUGCCAGCAGAAAACAAAAGACAAACGUGAAAAGUCUAGAAAUAAAAUUGGUAAAACCCC